UCUGCGCAGCAUGGCCUUCCUCAAACUUCUCCGCGCUCUCAAAAGCCAGAUUGUUUUAUUCGCCACUCCGUUUCUUCUUCUUCCGCUGCCUCUGGGGAUCGGGAAACCGGAGGCAGGAUGUGCCUAUGUGAUAGUCCUGAUGGCAGUGUACUGGUGCACGGAGGCCCUACCGCUGGCCGUGACAGCCCUGCUCCCGGCUCUUCUUUUCCCCGUGUUUGGCGUCAUGCAGUCCAAAGAUGUGUGCAUGCAGUACCUGAAGGACACCAACAUGUUGUUUGUGGCGGGGCUGAUGGUGGCGGUGGCUGUGGAGCACUGGAACCUCCACAAGCGUAUCGCCUUGAGGGUGCUGCUGUGUGUCGGCGUGCGUCCAGCUCUCUUGAUGUUGGGCUUCAUGGGCGUGACGGCCUUCUUGUCCAUGUGGAUCAGCAACACAGCCACCACGGCCAUGAUGGUGCCGAUCGUCCAAGCUGUGUUGGAGCAGCUCAACGACAACGGCGAGGUAGAGAUGCCUCAGAUCCUCAGUUCAGAGGAGCAGGUGGAGGUAGGAGAGACCGAUGGCAAACCACCUGCACAGACUGAGAAACAGAGCGCUGGACAAGUGGUGGUGACCUUCCUGGACGGGGCUGCGGAGGCCGCGAGGCGAAAGGAGGCGGCGGAGAGGAGGAAGAUGUGUAAAGGCAUGACUCUGUGUGUUUGCUAUGCUGCUAGCAUCGGAGGCACUGCCACACUCACAGGAACCGGCCCCAAUCUGGUAUUAAAGGGUCAGAUGAACCAGCUCUUUCCUCAAAACGGAGACGUGAUCAAUUUUGCCUCCUGGUUUGGCUUCGCCUUCCCUAACAUGAUCCUCAUGCUUGCGCUGGCCUGGCUCUGGCUGCAGUUUGUCUUCAUGGGUUUCAAUUUUAAGAAGACGUGGGGGUGCGGCUCGGUGAAGACGGAGAAGGAGAUCGCCGCCUAUAAAGUGAUCCGGGAGCAGCACCGUCAGCUGGGCUCCAUGUCCUUCGGCGAGAUUAGCGUCCUGGGUCUCUUCACUCUUCUGGUGGUGUUGUGGUUCACCAGGGAUCCUGGUUUUGUUGCCGGCUGGGCAACAGUAAUCUUCAACUCCGAGGCCGAAUAUGUGACGGACGCCACGGUGGCGGUGUUUGUCGCGGUUCUCCUCUUUGUCCUGCCAUCUAAAGCCCCACGCUUCUGCUCUUGGAGGAGUCGUGGCGUCGACGCAGCACCCCAUCAAACUACUGGCCCCAUGCCAGCUCUUCUCACCUGGAAAGUGGCCCAGAAGAAGUUACCAUGGAACAUUGUGCUUCUUCUCGGGGGAGGGUUUGCCCUGGCUAAAGGCAGCGAGGAAUCGGGACUCUCAAAGUGGAUGGGAGAUCAAAUGGCGCCCUUACAAAGUAUCCCUCCCUGGGCGAUUGCUUUGAUUUUGUGCCUGCUGAUUGGUACCUUUACAGAGUGCACCAGUAAUGUGGCAACUGCAACUCUCUUCCUUCCUGUCCUUGCUUCAAUGUCCCAGUCAAUUGGAAUCAAUCCUCUGUAUGUCAUGGUGCCUUGUACACUGAGUGCAUCAUUUGCCUUCAUGCUGCCUGUUGCUACCCCACCAAAUGCCAUCGUCUUCUCCUAUGGCUACCUCAAGGUUUCUGACAUGGCCCGCACAGGAAUUGUAAUGAACGUUAUUGGUAUUCUUUGCAUCACACUGGCCAUCAACAGUUGGGGCAAGGCCAUGUUUCACCUGGACUCCUUCCCAACCUGGGCCAAUGCCACCGGGGUAUGA